GCACUGUUCGCGGCCAUAGUCGUGACUUAAGUCGCCCGUCGAUAUCAGCGUGGCGUCGCCUUCCGAGUUCCGCCAAUCAACGAACCACCGAUAUCGAUCAGUCCGAUCAAGAUCCGCUCACCUCCCUCGGCACAUCUCCCUUCUCCCUCUCUCUUCUCUCUAGCUCUUGCUCGCUCGCCGCGAGUUAUCGGAAUUUGAAUUCGCUUCCGCUGGGGAUCGUGGUGGUUGUGGCGGUGGCGGAGUGAGGGAUCAGGGCCAUGGAGACGAAGCCACCGCUGGCAUCGACGCCACAGCAGUGGCGGAGGAAGUGGGCGGUGCCUUUGCUCGCCUCUUUCUUCCUCUCCUCGCUCCUCAUCUCGGCCUUCCUCUUCUCCUCGUCUUCGUUCGCCUCCUCCUCCUGGUCUCGCCAGGCCUUUCUCCUCUUCUCCUUCUCGCAGAUCCCUGCCUCGGGCGACGGCGAUUCCAUUUUCGUCGAGUCUAAGCUCCGCCAGUUGUCGGCGCCCGCCUCCCCGGCGCGGCUUGUUCCCCGGCUGGCCUACCUCAUCUCUGGCUCAUCCGGCGAUGGAUUCAGCAUCCGGAGGACCCUCCGAGCGCUCUACCAUCCAACCAACCAGUACGUUCUCCACCUCGAUCUCGAGGCCCCGGCGGCGGAGCGGCUAGACCUCGUGACGGCUAUCCAGGGCGACCCUGUGUAUUCUCGCUUCGGCAACGUCAGGGUGGUCACUCGUGCGAACCUCGUCACUUACCGAGGUCCCACCAUGGUAGCCAACACCCUCCACGCCGCCUCCAUCCUCCUCAAGGAGGGCGGCGACUGGGACUGGUUCAUCAAUCUCAGCGCCUCCGAUUAUCCUCUCAUGACGCAGGACGAUCUACUCUACACACUAUCAAGUUUGCCUAGAGAUUUCAACUAUAUAGAGCACACUAGCGACAUUGGAUGGAAGGAGUUCCAUAGGGCUAGGCCUUUGAUUAUAGAUCCUGGGCUUUAUAGUUUACAGAAGGAAGAUGUGUUCUGGGUUAGUGAAAAGAGGGAUGUGCCUUCUGCAUUCAAGCUAUUUACAGGGUCUGCUUGGAUGAUGCUUACACAUCAGUUUGUUGAAUAUCUCAUAUGGGGAUGGGACAACCUUCCAAGAACAGUCCUAAUGUAUUAUGCAAACUUUCUCUCGUCGCCUGAAGGAUACUUCCACACUGUUAUCUGCAAUGCACCUGAAUUCCGCAACACCACCAUCAACCAUGACCUGCAUUUCAUAUCUUGGGAUAACCCUCCAAAGCAGCACCCACACUUCCUAACACUAGACGACUUCCCACGUAUGGUCAGUAGCAAUGCUCCGUUUGCAAGGAAGUUUGGUCGGGAUGAUCCGGUACUGGACAAGAUUGACAAGGAACUCCUAUGCCAGGAUCCUGAUGGUUUUACUCCAAGCGCAUGGCACAACACACUAGAGACGAGUACUAGCAGUGACCAACAUUACAUAGUUAAGAAUGUAGCUGAGCUCAGGCCAGGGCCAGGUGCUCAGAGGCUUAAAGCUCUAGUAACCAGUCUUAUUUCAGCAGAUGGUUUCAGCGAGCAGCACUGUGUUUGACAUGGAUAAUGGGACGCUGUUCUCAAUUGCGAUGUGAAGCUUUUGCCUUCAUGGUUGGAUGCUCCAACAGCUUUUCAUGCUAAUCCUUGAAUAGGUGCAGGGGAAUCGGGGAUAGGCAACUUACAUUGGGUCAUAGUUUUGAUAGAGUAGGAAGCUAUGCAAAUAAUUCAUAAAUCUGUUGAUUCUUGAUUGUGAUACACAUUAUUCGAGUAUAGCAACAAGUUUAUGAUUGAUGCUC